GAAGACUAGUAAGAUUUGAAAAUCAAAAGGCAGAAGUAGAGGGAGCCGGAACUUGCUUUCACCAAAUCUCAAACGUCUCUGCUUUUCCUGUAAUUACUGGGUUCUUAGCUCAUUGGGUGAAAUUGGAGCGGCAGAGAUGACCCUUCUGAGUAGAUUUUUUUAUAGGAGACCCCCGGAUGGAUUGCUUGAAUUUGUCGAAAGAGUAUAUGUUUUCGAUUCGUGCUUCUCCACUGAAGUCUUGCCCGACGGUAUGUACCAAGUAUACCUGCACGAAAUUGUGACCGAGUUACAUGAAGAAUUCCCCGAAUCGUCAUUUCUGGCUUUCAAUUUUCGUGAGGGUGAAAAACCAAGUAGUUUUGCCGAAAUUUUAUGUCAAUUUGAUGUUACUGUGUUGGAUUAUCCACGACAAUAUGAGGGUUGUCCCCUGCUCCCAUUGUCUCUAAUUCAACAUUUUCUUCGUGUUUGUGAAAGUUGGCUUUCAGUUGGGAAUCACCAGAACGUUAUUCUUCUACAUUGUGAAAGAGGAGGCUGGCCACUUUUGGCAUUUCUGUUAGCUAGUUUCUUGAUUUUUAAAAAGCUGCACAGCGGAGAGCGUAAGACUCUUGAAAUUGUUCAUAGAGAGGCUCCCAAAGGUUUCUUGCAGCUCCUUUCACCUUUAAAUCCCUUCCCUUCUCAGCUUCGUUACCUUCAGUACGUAGCACGAAGGAAUAUAGCUACUGAAUGGCCUCCUCCCGAGCGUGCUCUUUCUUUGGAUUGUAUCAUUCUUCGAGCCAUUCCGAGCUUUGAUGCCCAAAAUGGGUGCAGGCCAAUUAUUCGCAUUUUUGGUAGGGAUCUUCAUAACCGAGAUGGCCUAUCCAAACAAAUGCUUUUCUCGAUGUCCAAGAAAAGGAAGGUGCUUCGACAUUAUCGUCAGUCUGACUGUGACGUGAUUAAAAUUGAUAUCCAAUGUUCGGUGCAAGGCGAUGUUGUAUUGGAGUGUGUCCAUUUGGAUCUAGAUCCUGAAAGGGAAGUUAUGAUGUUUCGCGUAAUGUUCAACACUGCAUUUAUUCGAUCCAAUAUAUUGAUGCUGAACUCUGAGAACUUGGAUAUUCUUUGGGACUCAAAGGUGCGGUUUCCAAAAGGCUUCCGAGCAGAGGUUUUGUUUGGGAAGGUUGAAAAUUCCUCCCCUCCUAAGGCUCCUAUAACAGUUUUAAACGGUGAGGAGAAAGGGGGAUUACCUAUUGAAGCUUUUUCUCGUGUUCAAGAACUCUUUAGUGGUGUUGAGUGGGUUGAUAACAGUGAUGAUGCUGCCUUGUGGCUACUUAAACAACUUUCAGUCUUGAGUGAUGUGAAGGAAUUGUCCAGAUUGCAGAAUAAAGGAAAUUUAUACGCAUCUCCUGCUGAUUCUGAGGAGGAAAACAAUGCAUCUAGCACUGCUGAUAGUUCGGAUGAAGCAUUUGAUGUGAUCAACAAGCCUUUGGUGGAUCCAACAAGAUCUCUCCUGCCAGACAUUGUUGAUACAGUUCCCUUGCAUUCAGAGAAUGAUAGUUUACAAGAUUUAGAUCACGCAUCAGUUGAAACUGUUCAGAUAGUUUCAAGUUCAGGAAUACCGUCUCAUUUAUCUUCUCCGAUGGAACCUUCACGACCUCUUGUACCCACACCUCCAGAACCACCUUUAAUACCUAGUGAAAAUCUCUCUUUAGGAUGUACACAUCAUGAACCACCACCACCGCCGCCGCCUCCACUGCAUCUACCUUCAUCUGUCAAGACCAUUAGACCUAAGUCAUCCCCACCGCCACCCCCACCCCCGCCCCCUACUUUUCCUAGUUUGUCUAAAGGGAACUCUGCGAUACCUUUGCCUGCCACUACUGAAAGAGGUCCUCCACCACCUCCACCACCUCCGUCUCAUAGUUUAUCUGGUAGAGUGUUUUCAACAUCACUUGAAGGUAUCAACAGCGGCCCUCCUCCUCCUCCUCCUCCUCCCCCUCCCCCCCUCCCCCCUUUCAACACUUACAAAGAGCUGCGACCAACCCUACCCCCUCCUGCACUUUCCUCUCAAUUGUUAUCACCACCCAUGCUGCCACCCUUGCCUCCGCCCCUACCCCCACCCUUGCAUCCACUGUCGUCGGGAAGCAAAUCCAACAAGAAAGCACUAUACCAACCACCUCCACCACCACCUCCUGCUCCUCCAAGGGCAAUCUCUACUACUAGUUCCUCUCAUAGGUUACCUACUCCGCCGCCACCGCCGCCUCCGCCUCCAAUGGCAACCUCUACUGGUAGUUCCUCUCAAAGGGGGCCUGCUCCACCGCCUCCACCACCACCACCUCCAAUGGCAACCUCUAUUGCUAGUUCCUCUCACAAGGGACCUACUCCACCACCGCCACCGCCACCACCUCCAAUGGCAACCUCUACUACUAAUUCCUCUCACAGAGGACCUGCUCCACCUAUUCAAGGCCAUAAUACUAAUGUCCCUCGGCCACCUCCGCCACUUGUAGGACCUGCAGGGUCAGGUUCUGUUCCUCCUCCACCCCCUGCACCUAAAGCCCCUGCUGUGCCCCCUCCACUACCAGGCACACGGCUGCCAGGUGCAAAGGUGUCCAAUGUGCCGCCGCCACCACCUCCAUCUAGUGGUAGGGGGAAGCCUUUGGGACAGACAGGUCAUGGAAGAGGCCGUGUACUUGCUGCGAGUAAUACCCCGAAGAAAAACUCGUUGAAGCCAUUACAUUGGGUCAAAGUCACUCGAGCAAUGCAAGGGAGUCUAUGGGCUGAUUCUCAAAAACAGGAUAAUCAAUCAAGGGCCCCUGAAAUUGAUAUGUCCGAACUUGAAAGUUUAUUCUCAGCAGCCUCUGUUUCAAAUGGGAGUAGUACUAACAAACUUGGCCGACGUGGUUCUAACAUCAACAAACCUGAGAAAGUGCAAUUAGUUGAUUUGCGCAGAGCAUAUAAUUGUGAAAUAAUGCUCACAAAAAUAAAAAUCCCUCUGCCCGAUAUGCUUUCUGCCAUACUAGCAUUGGAUUCUUCGGCUCUUGAUAUUGAUCAGGUGGAGAAUCUGAUUAAAUUUUGUCCCACUAAAGAAGAAAUGGAACUGCUUAAGAAUUAUACAGGUGACAAGGCAAUGCUUGGGAAGUGUGAACAGUUUUUCCUAGAGCUGAUGAAGGUUCCACGAGUAGAAUCAAAAUUACGAGUAUUUGCAUUUAGAAUCACAUUUUCUUCUCAGGUGGAUGACUUAAGAUCUAACUUGAGCAUCAUUAAUCAUGCAACUACAGAGGUAAAAGAAUCUGUGAAAUUGCGUCAGAUAAUGCAGACAAUUCUCACAUUGGGAAAUGCAUUGAAUCAAGGCACUGCACGAGGAUCUGCGGUGGGAUUCAAAUUGGAUAGUCUCCUUAAAUUAUCUGAUACACGUGCAAGGAACAACAAGAUGACUUUAAUGCAUUAUCUAUGCAAGCUUCUAUCAGAGAAAAUGCCAGAGUUGCUGGAUUUCGAUAAAGAUCUUGUUCAUUUAGAAGCUGCUUCUAAGAUUCAAUUGAAAAACCUCGCUGAAGAAAUGCAAGCUGUGAGUAAGGGUCUUGAAAAGGUUGAGCAAGAACUCACUGCUUCAGAUAAUGAUGGUGAUAUCUCUUUGGGCUUUCAGAAGGUGUUGAAGAAUUUCCUUGAUACGGCUGAAGCUGAAGUAAGGUCACUUAUCUCCUUAUAUUCUGAAGUGGGAAGAAAUGCUGAUUCAUUAUCCCAGUACUUUGGAGAGGAUCCGGCACGAUGUCCUUUUGAACAAGUGACUCAGAUAUUGGUUGUUUUCGUUAAGAUGUUCAAGAAAUCACGGGAGGAGAAUGAGAAGCUAGCUGAUUCCGAGAAAAAGAAACUGGAGAAGGAAGCCAUGAAAGAACGAGCAGCUGUAAAGAAGGAUGGGGCUGAUACGGAUGAGCCGAGUUUUACUUCUCAAAUCCUGAAACACACACUGCAAAGAUAAUGAUGCUUUUGUAGUUGGAGACACUGAAUACCACAUUUCAGUAAAUAAUCUUCGGGAUAUUUGGUGGGUAAAGAUGGGAACGGGUCGGGUUGAUCUUGAAUAAUAAGAAUUAUAUGUGUCCAAGCUUGGCCUGCCGAAAUCUUGUUUUGC